AUGUGGUAUUUAUUUUGGACGGAGGUUGGUGGCACUUCACUGAUAAAGCGUGCCAGUCUGGGAGGAGCAUCUCCGCAGGUCUUAGUGCUGGACGGUCUGUACCAACCCCGAGCCUUGACCAUUGAUAUUGCCACGGGAAGGAUCUACUGGGUGGAUAGGGUGAAGGAAACUGUGGAAUAUUGCAACAGUGAUGGCCAAGACCGCAAUGUUCUUCGGAAAAUGAACUCAGUGAAAUUCUUUGGCAUCGCGCAUUACAAGAAUUUCCUGUUUGUGACUGACCAGACACAUGACGAAGUGUUGAUGUUACAUUCAACUUCCGGUGCCAUUGUUGAGAGGAUCGACAGUGAUGACGGAAGUCCGAGAAGUAUAGCAGUGUACGCCAAGGAAAACCAACCUGCUCUAAAAAAUCUUUGCAGAGAGUUAGACUGUGAACACUUCUGUGUAAAAGAUAACCCCACCUCCGCUAAGUGUCUGUGCCAAGAUGGAUUUACCUUGUCUGCAGAUGGUCGAUCUUGUGCAGGCUCCACUGUGUAUUCCCCACGGCUAAUCACCUUCGCGAACAAAACGCACGUGUGUCUAGCGAACAUGACCGCAACACUUGUGGACGUCACGAUUAGGCCUAUAUGUCCGGUUUUUAAUGGUUCAGACAUUACUGCUGUCUCGGCAGACUCUAAACACCGGAGGAUUUUCUAUGCAGACAAGGCCACACAGCAAAUCUCCAGCGUAGACCUCAACAGUGGAGAAUCCAAAGUGAUAGUCACUUCAGCUGGAACCGUUGAAGGUCUGAGUUAUGAUUGGCUCACUGACAUAAUCUACUGGACGGACUCUGGUGCGAAUCAAAUCAAGUCUUACGCAGUUGGUGCUGGUGGUCCGGUAACGGUGGUUCUCUCAUUACAUAAUACAUUGGGACCUCUUACCCUUGACCCAUUCACAAGACAAAUCUUCUGGAUCAGCCAGCCAACCGGAGGUAUCAAAAGUGCCUCCUAUAAAGACUCAGACUCGGUGAAAACUCUGGUGUCCUCCGGUAUCAACCCUGCAGGUAUUCAUUGUGAUCCAGUCAAACAAAAGUUAUUCUGGACUGACAGAAAUAAAGUGAACAGUGUGUAUACAAACGGGACUGGUGCCAAAACAGUCAUUACAACAGAUCUCAACCACAACAGAGGCCUGGUGGUGCACAAGGAGCUGGUGUUUUGGACAUCGUAUGGACCGUCUGCGUACAUCGACGCAGGGAACCUUUAUCACAAAGUUCGUACAACACGCUCAACUUUUGCCUCUCAACCACUGGUGGACCUGGACAUUUUAGACAAUUAUGUCCGACAACAAACGAGAGGCGUGUGUUUUGAAAAUGGCGGAUGCGAUCACUACUGUGUACCAACAGGGGGGGCCACCAGGGAGUGUAGGUGUGAGCUGGGUUUUAAGCUACAGACGGAUGGACAGACGUGCAGCACAGAAUUUCUGUCAGUAGACCACUUUCUCGUGGCAGACUUGAUUGCUGGGCGUUUUUAUCAAGUUGACAUAAACACUGGGAAUGUGAGCGGGACUUUUAAGCCUGGAGGAGGCAGUGAAACUGUGUCCGUGAAUCCCGACCACAGUAUGGUUUACUGGUCGGACUUCGUACAAAGAGAAAUUCGCUCCAGUGAUCUAACCGGAAGCAACAUGAAAACAGUUUUCACCCUAGGAGAUAAAGUGGCUAGCCGAUUGGCGGUGGACGAUGCGACUGGGAACAUUUACUUCUCUGCCAACCCUCCUGGCACGGUGUAUGGUUUAAGUUAUAUUGCUGUCGUUACUCCUGACGGCAAGUCGAAGAAGACUUUAGUUAAUAAUCUUAGUAGGGCUCGGGCGGUGGCACUCUACAGCUCCAAGGGGUAG